CGGCAGCACACGGUUGUUGUUGUCGUAGUCCUGAUGGACCAUCAGUGAUGGUGGUGGUUGGUUGCUUGAUGGUAAUACGGUCGUCGUCGUUGCUCCCUGCGGCUGCUACUGCCGCUGCUGCUACUACUGUUACUACUGCUCGAGUUGGGAUCUGCUGCUGGUAAUUCCCAUUCUGAAGCGGCGGCGGCGACGACGACGACGGCAACGACUUCUUCGAGACACGAUUACGAUCGACGAGUGAAUGAUUGACUAUUAAACCUACGGAUCCACCGUAGGGGGGUACUGUCGUCGAAGACACCAGCCGGAUACAGCGGUGCAAUGUGCAGUUGUAGACUUACGUUCGAGUGACAGAAACUUUGAGCCCGACGACGAGCAACAUCGACCGACGGGCGGACGGACGGUAGGACGAGAGAAUGGACGAGGCCGCUCUAGAAAAAAAGCUGCGAGCAGUGAACAAUACGCAGGAGUGUAUUGAGACACUUUCGCUAUGGGUUCUCCACCACAAGCAUCACAGCGACCAGAUCGCCUCAGUGUGGCUCCGGUGUCUUCGUAAAUCCAGCACGAAACACCGACUUGCUUUGCUGUACCUCUGCAAUGAUGUUUUGCAAAGGUGCAGGAAGCAGGGACGACCCCAGUUCUUGGAAGCCUUCAAAAAAGUCUUGCAAGAAGCUGGUGUUCUGCUCGACCAAAAAGAGAUCCGGAAGCAAGUGGAUAGAGUUUUCAGCAUUUGGAAGCAGCGGAAGGUUUAUGACGAAGCCUUCAUUCAGAGGAUCCAGAGCGCUGAAAGUAAGACUUCUUUCUCUCUCUCAAAAUCUUCUCUCAUUGCAGGAAAAGUGAUGAAGAGUCCUUCACCGCCUCCUGCCUUGACACCACCUCGACCUCAGGCUUCUCCCGAUGAGGAGUUGAUCGACUUCGAGCCCACGGGACUCGUUGAACAGGUCAAAAAAGUCCGCAAACUCCAAUUAGAUGUUGGUGCAAAAAUGGGAGUCCUCUCAUCAACGAAGCUGGACAUCUCAAGAGCGGAAGUGCUGACCUCCUGUAAAGACAAGCAGCACUGUGAACAAUUCGAGAAAGACUUCGACGAAGGGAUUCGGUGUCUCGAAAGCUACGUCGCUGCGAUUGAGACAAGUCUCCAAGAACACAAAGAACUCCAAACUCUCCUCACCGACGGAGAGAAAUAUUACGCUCAUCAACUGGGGGACGUUCAGUUGGUUGCCAACGGUUUUAGAACUUUCGCGGGUCGGGUCGAAGAAGUGAAAACGGGUCUGGGUAGAUUCAGGAUACCUUCGCCCCCACCUCUCCCCGACGAGUGUCCAUCACCAACGGACUCGGAGCUCGACGAUAUGAUCAUAUCUCCUGAGCGGAACGAAACUCGCACGAUGUCGAAAGAAACGCGGAUACCUUCCGAAUCUUUCAAUCCGAGUUCGGCUUCGUUCAUGGAUAGCGAUCCGCAUAUCUUUAGUCAACUGAAGGAUGUUCUCAGGAAGGACUCCCGGGUCAGUUCGGAAGUGUCAACGAAAACCGGAAGAGACGAGCCGUCUUCUACAUGUGUGAGACCUUUCGUUUCGCCUGGUCAACAAACCCCGAAAGAGGUCAACGUAUCUCUCGCGCAUCAGGACGAAAUCAAAGAGGUCGACAUGGAAAUCGAAGAUGACGAUGAAACGAUGCCGAAUCUGGCCAAAGCAUUGAGCGCCGCACGAACCUCCAAUCUGAUCGAGCUCACGUCCAGUCGAGACGUUGAUCUCCGGAUCAGACCCCCAAACGACCCGACAAGUCGGGUGACGUCUCUCCCCCAUCUGGCGGACGAGGAUGAGCGAUUCCCACCCCGAGUCCCGUUCCCUCCGAGCAACGUAGACCGCCCAUUCCUCCUCGGAUGCCCGAACGACAGAUUGGGUCUGCCGCCGGCGGCGGGCGGAAUGAGCUCAUCGAGCUCCCCCAUGCCCAAACCUUUGCUGAGUAAUUCCACGGGCUUCAACGGAAUUUCGACCCCCACGCUCAGCGUCGAAGAGCUUCUGAAAAAGAUCGUUCCCUCGAUCAAUCGUUCGAACUUGACAACAAUUGUACAGAACAAAGAAAAACCCGAAAACGAUAUAGUCGAUCCAGACGCCUACGAUCCCGAAGACAACUUCGUAAUGGAUGUACCUCGAGUUGUGUACUCUCCACCGAAAGCAUCUUCAAACAUCGUCGAAGUUCCCACGUCCGACAAGCCAUCUACCGAAGAAGCUUUACAGACAACGUCAAAAAGUGAAAUCUCAUCUCCGGAUGGACCCAUUUCGCCGUCGCCUACCCGUGUCGCGCAGACACCCUCGCGGCUGCUGCUACUGAAAAAACAGUCCAAUGAUCUCUCGUAUCUCAGCGAUCCGCGUCCAUCGAGUAGUCCGAAUAACCAAAAAAUUCUUGUCGAGUACGCGCAUCGCAGACGCUUGUUGUCGAGUCCCGCAGCCGGGAACGCCCCAGCCCCAGACAGGAAGGCGACGACUCAUCAAGAGAAUUUCCGACCGAUCCAACGCACUCCGAGCUCCGAGUCGAACCACAAAGCUCCUGAUCCGCAACGUGAUGAGCGUCGACUGUACGAGCGACGUUCUUCUUCAGACCAAAGAAACUUCCACUCGCGACCACCUCGCUCCGACGCGGAGCGGAGAUCGGCACCGGCCUUCGGAUCGUCGUCGCGAGGAGGGUCGCGAGGACGCGGAGGAGAAGCAAAUUCUCAGCAGGCCCGUCGAAGUGGGCCCCCGCGCCAUCAGGCCGCGGGCAAAGGAUGGGGUGCUAGUCUCGAAGGUGACGACAGGGUUUUCGGAUAUCAACACGAUAAAAUCGAUUAUUUGAGCUUGCCCAGACCCGUGAAAAAGGCUCCUGUGAAGAUUCCCCGAGAGGUACGAUUGGAGAGAGGUCAAUUGAAAGCGGAUGGCAGUCCACUCAAACAGCUCGCCGCGACAUUGAAGGACACCAACGACGGCGGGCGACUGCCGGCUUCUCAGGAAGUGCACGAACAGACGUCGGCGAAGCCGCGAGCUGAACGGGGGGUCGACGCCAGAGCUGGCGUCCAACGUGCGGCCAGUCGAAGCUUGAGUGACGGGAGCCAAGAUCGUGCGGACGUUGAAUCGGGAUCGGGGAUCGACAAGCUCGUCGGUGCUUUUGGGAACGCUAGUAGAGUCGACGAAGGAUGCUUCGAGCAAGAUGGGCUUGUUGAAGGGAAUGGUGAAAUAAUCACUCAAGACACGAUUGAACAAAACGUCGUGUCUGUUGAGAUAAGUGAACUCGAGGAAGGAGGACCUGCCGACGAUCCCAUGUUGGGCCAGUACUUCGACACAUCGAGCUCAUUUAUCGUUAACGACAUCUGUGAAGGAGAAGAAACGCCUUUACCCAUCAUCGAAAUCGGCGAGACCGACACUGAUCUGUGGACCGAUGCAACCAUCCUCGACAUAGAUGACGGAUACGGCGGGAACGAAGACAGCAAAUCCAUCGCGAGUCUUCUUGAGGAACCCUCCGUGAAAAACGUGCCGCGAAAGGCCGCGUCGAGCGGUCUGCGAGGAGCGGUGGUCGCAACAUCCGUAGGAUCACGACGGUCUUCCUGUCGAGACCAGGGAGCGUUUGAUGAAUUCUUCUGA